GAGGUCCACAGCAGCCCCUCAUUUACUGAGAGAGGAGGGUGGGGGGUGCCCUCCCCUGCCCUCCCGAUUGGCCCGGGGCCGGGCGUGUCAUACCCCCGCCCGCCAUCCAUCACAAACCAGCACCCGUUCUCGUGGUUACAUCAGAACCUCGCUGCCCCGGGGGCCCAGCUCCACACGCCGCGCAUGGUUCCGCACACGUCCUGCCUGCCCGGCUCGGCUCUGCGGGGUCGAUGCUGUAGCCGACUCUACGUGUGAAUCAUUCCCCCAAAGGUGCUGCCCAGCUGGGCCCAGAAAUGGGACGUCAGGCCUCCGAAAGGAGCACAGUGGAAGCCAGGGCGUCCCCGAGCCGCUGCUGUGACGGCCAGUGAGCGAGCAGCGGAGGAUGUCCACCACCGCGACGGUCGCCCCCACGGGGAUCCCGGCGGCCCCAGGCCCUGUGAACCCGCCCCCGCCGGAGGUCUCCAACCCCACCAAGCCGGGCCGCAAGACCAACCAGCUACAGUACAUGCAGAACGUGGUGGUGAAGACGCUCUGGAAGCACCAGUUCGCCUGGCCCUUCUACCAGCCCGUGGACGCCAUCAAGCUCAACCUGCCUGAUUAUCAUAAGAUAAUAAAGAACCCGAUGGACAUGGGGACUAUCAAGAAGAGACUAGAAAACAGUUAUUAUUGGAGCGCGAGCGAGUGUAUGCAGGACUUCAACACCAUGUUCACAAACUGUUACAUUUAUAACAAGCCCACAGAUGACAUAGUGCUAAUGGCCCAAGCCUUAGAGAAAAUUUUUCUGCAGAAAGUGGCCCAGAUGCCCCAGGAGGAAGUUGAAUUAUUACCCCCUGCUCCGAAGGGCAAAGGCCGGAAGCCGGCUGGCGGAACCCAGAGUGCAGGUACGCAGCAAGUGGCGGCCGUGUCCUCUGUCACCCCAGCAGCCCCCUUUCAGAGCGUCCCCCCCACCGUCUCCCAGACGCCCGUCAUUGCCGCCACCCCUGUGCCAACCAUUACUGCAAACAUCACGUCGGUCCCCGUCCCCCCGGCCGCCGCCCCACCUCCUCCCUCGACGCCCAUCAUCCCCGUGGUCCCUCCCACACCGCCUGUCGUCAAGAAAAAGGGUGUGAAGCGGAAAGCAGACACCACGACGCCCACGACGUCGGCCAUCACCGCGAGCCGGAGCGAGUCGCCCCCGCCGCUGUCGGACCCCAAGCAGGCCAAGGUGGUGGCGCGGCGAGAGAGCGGGGGCCGCCCCAUCAAGCCGCCCAAGAAGGACCUGGAGGACGGCGAGGUGCCGCAGCACGCGGGCAAGAGGGGCAAGCUGUCGGAGCACUUGCGGCACUGUGACAGCAUCCUCAAGGAGAUGCUGUCCAAGAAGCACGCGGCCUACGCCUGGCCCUUCUACAAGCCGGUGGACGCCGAGGCCCUGGAGCUGCACGACUACCACGACAUCAUCAAGCACCCGAUGGACCUCAGCACCGUCAAGAAGAAGAUGGACAGCCGCGAGUACCCAGACGCGCAGGGUUUCGCAGCUGACAUCCGGUUAAUGUUCUCCAAUUGCUACAAGUACAACCCCCCGGACCACGAGGUGGUGGCCAUGGCCAGGAAGCUCCAGGACGUGUUUGAGAUGCGGUUCGCCAAGAUGCCGGACGAGCCUGCGGAGGCACCGGCGCUGCCCGCCCCUGCGGCCCCCGUGCUGAGCAAGGGCGCCGAGAGCAGCCGCAGCAGCGAGGAGAGCUCCUCGGACUCGGGCAGCUCGGACUCGGAGGAGGAGAGGGCCACCAGGCUGGCGGAGCUGCAGGAGCAGCUGAAGGCCGUGCACGAGCAGCUGGCCGCCCUGUCGCAGGCCCCAGUGAAUAAGCCAAAGAGGAAAAAGGAGAAGAAGGAGAAGGAGAAGAAGAAGAAGGACAAGGACAAGGACAAGGACAAGGAGAGGCACAAGGCGAAGUCCGAGGACGACAAGAAGGCCAAGGUGGCCCCACCUGCCAAGCAGGCCCAACCGAAGAAGCCUCCCGCCAAGAAGGCCAGCAGCACGGCCGCGGCCAGCAGGCAGCCCAAGAAGGGUGGCAAGCAGGCGUCGGCCUCCUACGACUCGGAGGAGGAGGAAGAGGGCUUGCCCAUGAGCUACGACGAGAAGCGCCAGCUCAGCCUGGACAUCAACCGGCUGCCCGGGGAGAAGCUGGGCCGGGUGGUGCACAUCAUCCAGUCCCGGGAGCCCUCGCUCAGGGACUCCAACCCUGACGAGAUAGAGAUUGACUUUGAGACUCUGAAACCCACCACGUUGCGGGAACUAGAGAGAUACGUCAAGUCUUGUUUACAGAAAAAGCAAAGGAAGCCAUUCUCCACGAGCGGGAAGAAGCAGGCGGCCAAGUCGAAGGAGGAGUUAGCUCAGGAAAAGAAGAAGGAGUUAGAGAGGCGGCUGCAGGAUGUCAGCGGACAGCUGAACAACAAGAAGCCUGCCAAGAAAGAGAAAGCGGGCUCCGCGCCCUCGGGAGGGCCGUCCCGGCUCAGCAGCAGCAGCUCGUCCGCAUCCGGGAGCAGCAGUUCCAGCGGAUCCAGCUCCGACAGCAGCGACUCGGAAUGAGCUCUGGACUCACAGAACGGCACAAAACCAGCGACGUCGCACACGCCCCAACUCUGCAGUGUUCCCUUCUAUGGUUAAUAUACUACUUUCGUUCCAUGGUGUGCGGGCUUUCUUCUUAACUCAGUGUUAUGGUAGCUUCCAGUUUUUGCUUUAAUAGGUCAGAGAUCUUUCUCGUGGGUACGUGAGGCUUUAUGAGACGGUGCGACUCUGCAUAAAGUCUUUGUAACCGAACUCUGUUGCUUGGAGAUGGUAACUUCGAACGCUGACCUGACAGCCGUAGAGAAAACGUGCCAGAUGCGGUCUGAGGUUUCUUGCGAAACGCCUCUGUUACGCCCCACCUGGUCUCUAGCUCCGGAACGCAUUGUUGCAAAGGAACUUUCUCUGGAUGGUACUGUAUGGAAAGCGGUCAGCUUGGCAAACAGGCGCUUUGUCCUUUGGGCCCCGAGCUCAGCCUCGCGGCUGGGGUCGCCUCUUUCUGGGGGCGCGGAGAACAGCCAGCCUGGCAUGGGCUUCGGGGGCCCCGUCCAGCUCCAGGCAGGGCCUCUGCGGGGGCGGGGAGAGAGGCAGGCGGGCGCGGAGAGGAGGGGUGUCCGGGGCUCCCGGAAGGGAACACGGGGGCUGCGUGUGCAGCUCAUAGGUUUCCAUACACUGAAACUUUUACCUCAACUUAAGAAAAAAAAACACAACAAAAAACAAAACAAAAAAAAGAUUAAAAAGACAAAAAAUAAAUAAAAAAAAUAAAAGGAGACUUUUUUGUAAGGUUCAGCAGUUUUCUACGAAAGCCCAGCCCGACGUGUGUCCCCAACUCAUCAGCUGCCGCACACCCUGGAACCGUUUCCCCAGCUUCAUGUAUAUAUGAAUACUUUAUUUAUUAACAUCAUUGGUCAUUUUUUUAAAAAAAGAAAAGAAAAACAAAACUGCAAAAGAAAUGCAUUAAAAAAAAAAAAUCGCAGAAGUGCAGGCCUCGUCAGUGGUUGGCAGGAGAGCCCCGGACUCCGGCCUGCAGGUGCUGGUGCCCCACCGCCCGUGCCGGCCCCCCUCCCGGCUCCGCUGGGGUUCCGCGUCUGUUCUUCGUGUGUGUGUGUGUGUGUGUGUGUGUGUGUGUGUGUGUGUGUGUGAGAGAGAGAGAGAGAGAGAGAGAGAGAGAGACGUUUGGAGACGUACAGACAA